CUUAAUACAUAAAAAUAUAGAAACAAAUAUUGAAGAGUUUGUAAUUAUGUGGUCGGAUAUACUAAGGACUCUGUUCGGACCCAGCAAUGUGCCGCACAAGAUACAGAAGCUAUUGCAAUAUCGCUUCGUAUUCGCAUUUAUACUUGGAUGUUUGCUGGAUUAUCUGAUGCUUGGAAUUUUCCUCGGCUUUGAAUUAUUUCAGGUGAGAAAACCGUUGGACUCCCUAGUUGAGACCCUUGAUUGGACAUUGUUUUCACUGUAUGCAUCUACAAUGAUGAUUAUAAUACGAGCUGGCAUGGCAGGAUAUGGUCUUGUAUUGUGGCAUAUGCAUUAUGCCUAUCCCAGAUGUAAUGGGACACUAAUGAAAAGGAUUAUCUAUGAGUUUCCCAUACAUUUUUCACUGCUCUUCACGAUAAUGUCAGUAGCAAUAUCCACCAGCUGGUUAUAUGCAUCCUUUGUUAAGCCAGCCGAAGGAUACUACCACUUAUUGGGCUGCCUAUCUGGGAUUUGCUAUUUCAAAACACAUCAUAACUUGACCCUUCAACGAUUCCCAUUUCCCAUAGUGCGUUUGAGUCUGCUUGAAUCCAUCCUGCAGAUGUGGUCUUUAUUCAAUAGAUCUCAAAUUGAAGCUUUCAAGCCAACUGUGAUAUUUACCUUGCUUUUCUGGCCAUAUAUGGAAAAUAUAUUUAAGGGUCUUAAGGUGGUCAUAGUAGAACCCAGAAUAUUCCUUCGAGGUUGGCUGGUAAAUGCCCUAAUUCUGGCUAAAUUAAAUAUUGCCCGGGAGAUUUAUGGCCUAAUUAUGCAGCGUCAAUUGCCACUAAUUAUUGAAUUGCGAUGUCAGGACAUUGGAGAGGAUAUUUGUCUACAAAGUCUGAUUAUGGAAUAUAUUACACAAUUGCUCUGGAGAGAGGAGGAGGAAGAGCAGCCAUUGGAGGAUAAGAAUACAAGCUAUGGUUUAUCCCUGUCCAUAUCAAAUGCACUGGAUAGUACCCAUUUAUAUGGCUUUAGGAUGCUGGCAGCCCGAGACUUUUAUGCAGAAAUGUCAGGCAAUUUGUGGAACAAAUUAUUCACUCUCGAGGAUAUGAAGAAUACCAAUGAUUAUUGGGAAGAAUUGCGUGAAGUUAUUUAUAAAAUAAUUAAUGAUUUUGUAGAGCAAAUGGACUCCUGUUUGGAUACUGCACCUCGAGCGCAGAUCUGUGACUUACUGAAACGUAAAACCGGAAUUAGACCACUGAUCAAACCUGAGGCUAAACGACCUCAAGGAUUAUGCUGUUGUCACUCGAUACCUCAAAGACGUCCUAUUGAUUCCUUCGUUUGUUAUUUAAAAGAUCACUUUAGAAAACAGUUCUUUUUAAUUUCGGUACAUGUCUUUAAAAGCUUUCCCGUAAUUCCCAAUAUGUACGAUUCUCUUUUUGAAAUCGAUAAACUGGCAAAACUCAAUCAGGCACUGGAAUGUGGUGAGCCAUUGGUGUGGAUCCUUCAAGGACUCGUUUGCAUUUGUGCGAGAUCCCUAAAGAAAGAUACAUUUGGUAUUCUUCAAAGGGAUAUACCUUGGGUUUUUAAGGUCCUUAUCAAAGUAGAGGGAAAACUAUUAGCCGCCGCUGAGGUUCCAGUUCAGACGGAGCGUGGAAAUGAAAAACUCUGCUCAAGCCACAAGCUACUGAUGUUGGCCACCAAUCGCUGUUUGUUCAGAAUGUUAAAAACAUUUGGGCCACAUCUCAAUUUUAUUGUGAAUGAACAACCACUAUGGGAGAACCUUAAACGUAGAAUGGAAAAUCUAAAUGUGUUUCAAGAAAACUUUUAAUUUUGCUGUAUUUG